CCCAAUACUCGUUUUUCUUUCAAAUAUUUUACGCGGACGAAUCUACCUUUCGAUCCCAUGAGCGACCCCGGCCUUAUCUCCUGGGCGGUGCCCCGUGUCUCCCAGCUCCUCCCCCUCGACGAGGAAUCCCUCACCCAGAUCAUAAGUUACGCCGCCAGCCUACCCACCGAAGAAAGCGCAGAGCAUCUCAAAAACCUCUUGGGUGACUCGCCUGCCGUAUUCGAAUUCAUAUCUGCCUUCAGUGCGCGACAAUCCCGAGCCAAUACCACCUCUACCGCCCCGAGCAGCCAAGCUACAGCGAGAAACACCAACAAUGGUCCCGGUCCAGCGUCAAGGAAAGGAAAGAAAUCGAAGCCACCCCUACACAGUCGCGGUCCUCCGCGUCGUCCAGACAACUAUGGCAACGUCUUAGGGGGCUAUAAAAAAGAGGACCUGGACGAAGAUUACAUGCCCGCGUCCUCUCGGAGCCAGCAUACCCAGAACGUACAAGGUACUGGUGGCGUGUUGAAAGGAGCAGGGGCUGGGACAUCGCCGUCAACGAACGCGCAACUUUCGGUCCCUUCUUCUCGCGAGGGAUCAGCAGCUGCAUCGCGCACUCAAUCCCCCGCGCCUGGCAAAGCUCCCCCCUCCGCGUCUGGGCCGAUGAUCUCAGACCUCCUGCCUAAUGUGAAAUCGAAAGCUGCCAAGUCGAGCCGCUCCGGCGGGUCCGGCGCCGCGAAGUUGUCUAAAGCGUCGUUGACCACAUCUGAUAUUUCCGAUCUUACAGCUGCAAUCGCCGCCCUGGAGAUGUCGACGAACCCGACGUUAGGCGACACGGAACCCCACAAAUGCAAUUGCUACGCGACAAUCCACCCGCUUUUCGACCCUGCACCGAAUUGCCUCAAUUGCGGGAAGAUAAUCUGUUCUCUGGAAGGAUUACAGCCUUGUUCGUUCUGCGGGACGCCUCUGUUGUCGGCCGAGGAGAUUCAAGGCAUGAUCAAGGAACUACGGGCAGAGCGCGGACAAGAGAAAAUGCGCGUGCACAACGAGGGUGUCCAGCGUGAGGGUAGGCCGCGAGUAGGGGCAGAACCCUCAUCGUCUAGCCAACUGGAUGCAGCCAAAGCGCAUCGCGACAAGCUACUUCAGUUUCAGGCCCAGAACGCAAAGCGGACUCGGGUCGUUGAUGAGGCAGCGGACUUUGAGACGCCUAAUGUAGCGUCAACUAUAUGGAUGAGUCCUGCGCAGCGGGCGUUGGCACUGAAGAAGCAGCAGCGGAUCAUGCGGGAGAUGGAAGAAAAGGCCCGACCGGAGUGGGAGAAGAAGCAGACGGUUAUGAGCUUAGAUAUCAAGGGUGGUCGUCUGAGGCGCGUUUACCAAUCAGCGCCGACGGAAUCAAGCCACGGCGACGAUCAGACGGACGAGCUGGUGGAAACAGAAGCCGGUGAGGAGAACGAGGCAGGAAGCAGAAAUGGCGGGAGAGCCUUCAGCCACAAUCCCCUUCUCGCCGCUGGGGGGCUUCCACGGCCUGUCUGGAAGGCAGCCGAUGGGAAACAGCCAGAAACCUCCGCGCGCAGAGAACCAAAGCAGACAUGGCGACGAGUUCAAGAUGACAAUGACGACAAUGAACAAUGGAUACUGGAUGGCGGAGUGCAUGGAUACUCCUAGCUUGGCUGGAUUUAACAUAAACUUCCGAUGCCGUUACGCAACCCAACCUGGCCAAACACAUGGCAAAUCCAAAAUUGAUCGGUCCUCGUUUAUCUUGACGAUCACAUCUCCCUAAGGAAAUGCUCAUCGUUCUAGAUCUACAAAGUCGCGCAGAGUCAACCUGAUCACGAGACUUCACGACGUCUCCCGAACAAAUUGCGGGUACAACCGUCGACCUAGCAUGAAAACAACGAUUGUCGAGCUCGCCAUUGAUUUCCGAGCUUGCACAUAUGAUGGUCGGAUAUCACCGGUACUGACGUCAAGCUAAGUAAGGUUUCGGGUCUCCAGCCCGGACCAUCCUGGCGAGUUCCAUCUUUAUCCGGUACCUCUACCAGCGAUUGGGGUUGCAUUCCCCACAUGCGUAGAUGGCCUAGGUAAUAAUGCUGGAUAACAUAUACGUUCAAAAUAUCAGUAAUUAGCAUAAAUAGUAAGGAAUAUUAUCUGGCUGAGGCUCGUCCACGGAGCACAAAUCCAUGAGCUCUUCCAGCUGCAUCCGUCGAUUAUCU